ACCAGCCUCCAUGAACAGGCCGCAAAAUGGCUCCAGUCAUUUUCACCUACGAAAAACAAGUGGAUGCUGAUGGAGAGGUCCCCCAGUGACCCGCCGCGGGAUGCGGCGCACGGAACCGGAGCUGGAGCGGAAGGCGUCGGCGAGCCGGAUUUGGGACUGGGUUCCGGCAGCAGCAGCAGCAGCAGCAGCAGCAACGGCGGCGAUCGGAGGCGCGGAGGAAUGGCUCUCCCGGGGGAGCCGGCCUUGCUCGAUGGGGUUGCCAAGGAAACGGGUCGGCCGCCCCCCUCCCCCGGCCCGGGGCCCCCUGCUGCGCCGGUGCCAGUGAUCGAGCUGGUGCGCAACGGCCGCCCUAUAAAAGCCAGGGACGCGCCGCCUGGGGCCCUGCAGAGCCAGAGAGAGCCAGACGCGACCAACAGCAGCAUCAGCAGCAUCAGCAGCAUCAGAGCUCCGCGAGCCGAACCGGCCACCGCCACCGCUCUCGGCCUCGCCACCACCGCGGGCACCGGAGCGGGCACGCCCCCGGCCGGUGGUGGCAUCGGCGGCGGCGGCGGCAGCAGCAGCAGCGACGUCCGCAUGGUGCACCUCAGUCCUACGGCAGCCCCUGCGCUCCCGCCGCCGGCCAGAGCCAUGCUCUACGGCCUCGGGGCUCCGCUCAGCGCCGCCAGCAGUGGAUUUUUUGGUGAACCCGAAAACUUUUCAAUGUAUAACAACAACCGAGUGAAAAGAAGACCAUCCCCCUAUGAAGUGGAGCUCUCUGAUGGCCCUCACACAAAAGUGGUCCGUCGAAUAUUCACAAACAGCCGCGAGAGAUGGAGGCAGCAGAACGUCAAUGGAGCUUUUGCUGAGCUUCGGAAGCUCAUCCCAACUCACCCACCUGACAAAAAGCUCAGCAAGAAUGAAAUAUUACGCCUAGCUAUGAAAUACAUCAACUUCUUGGCCAAACUGCUCAAUGACCAAGAAGAGGAAGGGAACCAGCGGGGUAAAGUACACAAAGAGACUGGCAUAGUGCAAGAAGACCUUCUUCAGGACAUGUUGUCCCCAAAUUCAAGCUGUGAAAGUUCAUUAGAUGGAGCAGGAAGCCCAGACAGUUUCACGGAGGAGCAUGAAACGUUAGAUCCUAAGCAUACAAGAGGCCUCCAUCAUUCCCUUCUUCCCAUUGAGAACAAUGCCCAGCGAUGAUGAACCAGCACAGAGCAUCCCAGAAUACCUGAUGUCUGGAUUGUAUGCAUGUCCUCCCUUUCUUCUUCCUUCUUCUUUAUCUAAGACAGAGCGAAUAAGGGGUACUUCCAAGUUUCUUUUCAACUUGAACAAAUUGACGGAAAUAAAGAAUGAGUAUCCAGGUGUACAGAACAAUUUCCUGCUUAUGUCACCAGUGAAACAUAGGCCUUGCUAGUUGCGUUUUUGAAAAGUUUAACACAGAAGGGCUGAAAUAUGCAGGCAGCUCAUUUUGUGUUUGUUUGAGGUUUACAAAAGGAUUGAACUGAGACUUCAUCCUUUUGCUGAUUACCUAUGCUCUUGUUUUGCCUUGUCUCUCAGCUGUUUGGACCCAAGCUUCUUCAGUUCUGUGUGGCUGUUGACAUUGAAAUUUUUUCAUGUUGUAUGGUGUUCUUUUCCAGGUAUCUUUGAGGAAAUGUACGCAACUCAUUUACCUUCAGACCAGAGCUUUGGUGAAGUACUAUUUGUGAGAACACAUAAUUUUCAUUCUGGCCUUUUGUUUCCUUUCUUUUCAAAAACACCUCCAUUCAUUUCUCACAGGUUUGAAUUGUUUGAGGUCUUGUAUUUCUGAUGUGGAUUUAAAAGGAAUGCUAAUGUGCAGUAUUUGCUGAAAAAUAAAGGUACACCAUUUAAGAUUUAUUUCUCAACUUUUGACACUUCAUCAGAGGGAUGUUUCCUUCAAGCAUGGCUAAGCAACAGGGUCCUUGAAGGUUUACCGUCAGUUUCCCUGGUUUUAUCUUCUCUGACAAAAGUGUAAUGAGAAAUGUUGUUUGUGUGUAUUUAUAUGUAAGGCUGGUACAAACAAUGUUUCAGUAAUGCACUUUGACUUGCUUAGAUUUACAUAUAUUAAGGUGAUAAGGCACAAUCCAAAUGGAGCUUCUUCUUCACAAGAUCCAUGGAACUAAAUGGGAAAUCUCCAUGGAAAAUCCAUAGAAAGUUGUGUGUUACAUGGCUGUUUAGUAAAUGUGGUACAUGCUGAUUGCUCCCAACUGUACUAUGGUCCAUAUAUAGGAGUUUUUGCAGAAGAAGCUCCUAGAGGACAAUGCUCAAGUGGUACUUUUCUUUCCAAAAUUUGCUUGGUUCCAGAAUGAAUUUGCAUUCUGUUGGGUAUUGUAAUUCUGUGAACAGUGGUAUAUGCAGCAAACCACGAUGAUGCCAAAACAACAAUAUGAACAUGAGUUUGCAUUAUGCAAAUGUGUCAUUAUGUUCUAUUGUCCCAAUGUCUGAUACAAAUAUGUUAGCCACAUUUGUGUGACAACAGUGUCACACAGUUUUGUCAUUUCCCUUCCUUGCUUCUCUGCAGUUGCCUAAAUGACUGUUUUCUGUGCCAUCUACUCUGUCUCUCCAGCCAUUCCCUCACACUGGUGCAGCUAAUCAUCUGAAGUACCUGUUCCACCUUGUUUUCCCCUCUUUACCAUUAAAACAAUGGCAGUCUACAUUAUCAAGGGAGGACUGCUGAAGAUUGUGAAAUUAGUUUGAGAUUGGUUUUGGUAUAAUAUUUGUUAGUUACAGUCAACCUUUAUUUCUGUGGAGUUUGUGAAAUCAUGGUUAUUCAUUCUUGGAUAGUUUUAUGGAAACAUUAUAUUUUCCAGAUAUGCACCUGAGAUCUUAAAUAUAUAAGCAAACAAGUGGAAUGUGAAUUUGUUAAACAAAGUGUCUGAAAAUGCAAGUAUGAUUGAAGUACCUAUGCUGGGAAAUUACAUUUGGUUGACCUUUCUAGAUUUGACUUUAUGUUAUAAAAAACAACAGCAAUUUUAGUGAUUCAAGGCACAAUUCAGAACUUUAUAUGUUCAUCCAUUGUUGACUAUGAAGGAUGCAGUGUAGAAAAUGUAAGGAAUACUUGUUUUUCCUUCUCGGUUGUAGUGUUUGCCUUGUUAAUAAAAAAAUUAUGGUUGCUUGGGCAUUCAGACAGAUGUAUACAAGGUUUUUUCCCCUAUCACAGAUUGUUCAUGAAUUCUCUGAUAUGUGUAUAUGUGUGUUUGUUAAAAGUAUUUUUCUAUUGAGCAAACAGUUUUGAAAAAAGAAAUAUUGUCUUUUGUUGUUCGUAUGGGUGGGAGUGAAAGACACAUUGCUUCAUGAGCUGCAUGUUGUUCCAAAAAGAUUCAAAGGUAUUGUGAAUAAUGUAAAAGUUAUUACUGAGGAAUAAAUGGCUUAUUAACCAUUGCUUAUUAUUAAAGCCUCUCCCUUCAAAAAUCUAGAAACAACAACAAUAACAGGAAGGGAUCUAUAGACUGGAAACAGAACUUGGAAGUCAAAUUAAAGCAAUUGGAAAGUAUCUGAUUGUGACUUUCUGAGAUGGUGCUCACUGGGGUGUGUUAUGUAUUAAAGAAGGUGGUAGCUACAGCAAUAUGACCAAACUGCUCUUUUCUAUGUGACAAAAAUACAAAGGGAUGGGGCUUUGAUUGUACUGCCAUGGCUGCCAUCUUAUUUUUCUUUUUUUUCAUUGCUCCCAUGAACACCAUGUCAAGGACUACUCUGCUAACAUGUUUCGUUCAUGGUCUUUUAUAGCCUAGCCAUCAUAGUUAGGGUGAGCCUAAGGUGGAUGUUUUCACCUUAUUUGUGCUUUCUUUAUUUUUUAUAUAAUUUUUCCAUCUCUCAGAAGUGGAAUCACCUACAGGUUCCAGACCCACCAUAUCCCUGAUACCUACUACAAUCUUGGCCAGCAAUAGAUUGUUUUUGGGCUCAUUUUAGAUGCUAAUCAACGUUAAAAAGUAAAUACAUCUUCUUCUGGUCUUUUGGCUAAAGGAAAUUGAACAAUAAGUUGCUCAUCCUAAACAAAUAACAGGAUUGGGUUUUUUUAAAACAUGGUUAAUGCUGUGAGAACAAUUCCAGGAAAAAAUAUUUUUUUAAUAUAAUUUUUGUAUAACACUAAAGAUUUGUUGUUCUUUACGUCCACCUUUUCUUCUUAAUCUAGAAAUCUAGAAAACACCUUAACCCUAGCCCUAGCUCUAGCCCUAGCCCUAGCCCUAGCCCUAGCCCUAACCCUAACCCUAACCCUAACCCUAACCCUAACCUAACACAACUGUAUGCUUCACCAAUUUGUAGAAUAUUUCUAGGGAACUUCAGAUAUAUGGGUUACAAUGCCAGUAGGCCAAGCAAAAAAAUUAGAAUGAAGAUUAUGGAGAACAUGGUACUCGGGUCAGAAGUGGGGCAACUUAAGGCCCACACCUGCAUAGAGGCAGGCCCCAAACCCUCAGAAAUUAGGCCCUUGAAAAUUGAAACGAACUACUAAGAAUAGAUGCACAAUUUCCUGCUGAUUUGUAUGCUUCUUGAAAGAAUAAGCAAUUUUAAUGCAUCUAAACAAUACUCCCAAUCCCCGUCCCCUCAGUACCCCUCAGUAUCCCCUCAAAAAUGGAAAUGCCUGGCUCUUCCACAAGUGUAACACUAUUACGUUGUGGUUUUCAGUCAAUCCCUCUUCCAAAAUACAUUAAAUUAGAAGGGCAACAACUGCUCUACCAAAAGGUGCCUGCCUCUGUUUUAGAUGCUAUUGUCUGUGAAGUGAAUGAUGUUUUAACUUGUCAACCAUGAGAAUAAGGGUGGAUACACUAUGGACAGCUGGGAUGGGAAAACUAAUUUUGGCCUUCUAGGGUUCAGUAGAUGCAAAUCUCAGUCCUGAAUGCACCUCUCCCUCCUCCCACCCAGUUCAGCUACUGAAAUCUCUAGUUUUAAAAUCCAUAUUGCAGAUAUAGGCUAUAGUUUCAUAUGAAGAUCCCUCACUGAAUUUUUGUGUAGUCUGUGCAGUGCUGACUUGUCCUGAACUAUCAUUUUGCUUUUGCCACACUUAGGACAAACAAAAUACAUCUCCUAAUUCUGAAGUCUGCCUGUGCCUAAAAACUAGAUUAUUGACUCAGAUGGCCACUGUCACUGUAAUGGUAAUUAAAGGGCUAUUUCCACAUUCAUUCAUGAGAGGUUGUAAUGUUCACAUGUCACUUGUGGCUAGUGGAGAAUUCUCUGUUCUUUUGCUAUGAUCUCAGUUUUCUUUUGUCAAUUCAGUUAUGAAGUGGCAGGACUUGAAUCCUGAAACUAUUUUUUAAGAAGCAGGGGCAGGAGCUUGCCUCCCACAAAUUAGCCUAAAAUAAUUAUUCUUACAAGAAAAAAUUACAUAAUAUCUCAGAUCCAUUCCUUCUUCCGAAUGCACUUUUUAAAACGAAUACAGUACAGUAACUUAAAUGGCACUUGUGUCAAACAGAUGCUUCAUGUUAGGAAAAUGAUAUGCAUAUUUAGAUGACAGUAAAAAUUGAAUUGGCUCAUAUUUGUAUAAAUUAUGCAAAGCUGAUUAUGACUGAUUGAUGGAUAAUGUUACAUUUCUCCCAAUUAAUUAUCAACCAACUGACAAUAAAAUAUACUUAUUUCA